AUGGCAGGUAUUAGAUUGAUUCAUAAGCUUUACCAGUAUUAUCAAUUAGCCACAAGCUUCUUGUAUGCUGCACUAUUGAUGCGAUGGUCAAUAAUAAUGCCUUUGGUGGGAUCUCGGUUUUUGCCUGGAGGGAUCCAUGAGUUCUUAAUAUAUUUGAUGCUUUGCUCCAGCCUUGUGGAAAUUCUUUGGUUGCUCAGGUUUCAUGGGUUCAGAAAUGGUUUAUUUUCAAGAACCUUUUUGAAGAACUUAAAUUUUAUCUACCUAGUCAGAGUGAUCCAUUUUUAUGACGAUUAUGAACACGCAUUGAUCUUGAAAAAUGCAUCUUAUUCCAGUUUCAUCAUUUGUUUGUCUUUAUCUCAAGCAUAUUGUCACUGGUGUAAACUUUUUAAACGUGAAGGUGUAAAGGAAAAAACCAUGGUCUGGAAGGCUAACACAUUUGUCACAUUGCCCAUUUUAUACUUGAGUGAAUUUGCUUUACUGCUGUUAAACAUUCAAGUCAAAAACUAUCAUUCUACUCUGACUUUAGAUAUGGUAAACAGGGCGGUUUUACUAGCAUAUUUCCCAAUACUAAUAACAGCAUACAGAAAACUAUUGCAGAAUAAGUAA